AUGAUUGUUGACCAAUUCGAGGAAGUCCUGAUGAAGACGUCACAGCUCUUCCCGCUGCCGACGGCCACCCAAUCGGCCCAGCCUACCCAUGUGGCGCCUGUGCCCACGGUCCUACCAGACACUCCCAUCUACGAGACGGUCGGCGAUUCCGGCAGCAAGACGCUCUGGGUGGUCUUCGUGCUCAUGCUGAUUGCCUCUGCUGCUUUCACUGCCUUGUCAUGGAAGAUCCCAGUUAACAGGCGUUUGUACCAUGUCAUCACGACAAUCAUCACGUUGACUGCUGCUCUUUCUUACUUUGCCAUGGCCACUGGCCACGGCGUUGCCCUCAACAAGAUUGUCAUUCGCACUCAGCAUGACCAUGUCCCCGACACGUACGAGACCGUAUACCGCCAGGUCUACUAUGCUCGUUACAUUGACUGGGCCAUCACCACUCCUCUUCUGCUCCUCGAUCUUGGUCUCCUGGCUGGCAUGUCCGGUGCCCACAUCUUCAUGGCCAUUGUCGCUGAUUUGAUCAUGGUCUUGACUGGUCUCUUCGCUGCCUUCGGUUCGGAGGGCACUCCCCAGAAGUGGGGCUGGUACACUAUUGCCUGCAUUGCCUACAUCUUCGUUGUCUGGCACCUGGUCCUGAACGGAGGUGCCAACGCCAGGGUCAAGGGCGAGAAGCUCCGAUCUUUCUUUGUUGCCAUUGGUGCCUACACUCUGAUUCUUUGGACCGCCUAUCCCAUGCAAAUCGGUGUUGACGGUGAGAUCAUUGCCUACGCCGUUCUUGACGUCCUUGCCAAGGGUGUCUUUGGUGCAUGGCUUCUAGUCACCCACGCCAAUCUUCGUGAGAGCGAUGUUGAGCUCAACGGCUUCUGGGCCAACGGCCUCAACCGUGAGGGUGCUAUUCGCAUUGGUGAGGAUGACGGUGCUUAA